CGCCGUGCCGCCCCCAUGGACCACGGCUCUCGCCACGGCGGCUCGCCGCCCACGCCGAUGUUCUCCCUGCCGCCGAGCCGCCUCCCGCUGGAGGACAUACUCUUCUGCGUCGACAUCGACGCCGAGGGGCGCUCCGAGAUGAAGGCCGCCCCGGCUUCCUCCUCCUCCUCCGCCACCGCCUCAGGCUCCCCCGGAUCCAGUGCGGUCUCCGGUGCUUCGGAUCCGGGAGCGGUAUCCCGCCCGGUGCGGCCGGCGGUCAAGCGGAUGGACGCCGUCAAGCAGGCGCUGAUGCUCUUCGUCCACAGCAAGCUCACCAUGUGCCCCGACCACCGCUUCGCCUUCGCCUCCCUCGGCGAGACCGUCUCCCUGGUAACGAACGAGUUCAGCAGUGAUUCUGCUUCUGCAAUUGAGGCAAUCCGGUCCCUGGCUGCUACUGAAACGAGAUAUGCAAAGGCUGAUCUCACUCACCUCUUCAAGAUAGCUUACGAGGAAGGGAAAAGGGCAGAGCUGCAAGGGCGGCUACUCAGAGUGGUACUCAUCUACUGCCGGUCCUCAACCAGGCCUCAACAUCAGUGGCCUGUAAAGCAAAAGAAUUUCACCAUGGACAUAGUCUAUAUGCACGACAAGCCUACUGCUGAUAACUGUCCACAGAAGGUAUAUGAUGUGCUGGUUGAUGCCCUUGAGCAUGUAAGCCAGUAUGAGGGCUACAUUCUCGAGACUGGCCAAGGGCUUGCUCGGGUCCUGUUUCGUCAGAUUUGCAUCAUCUUAUCGCAUCCCUUGCUGCGCUGCAAUCAAGAUGACCUUGAUAUUCCCAAACAAGUUGUGAAAAAAACUCUGGCUAUUGAAGCUGCGCCGAAGGAAGAUAGCCCACCCGUCUCCAGCCAGUAGUUAGGCCUCCUAGUUCAGUGGUAUGUAUUCAUGAAGUCUGUUCCGUACGUUGUAAAUGGCCAAGCAGAUAAUAAUUCCUUUUACUGCUGUGGCGAGCUUGUGAUGGCAUUGAACACGAAUUUGCAAAUCAGUAAAUCUCAAAUGGCUACUUUAUUUUUGUAA